UAUAAAAGGGCGUCGGUCGCGUCCCAAUCUUCGCCAAUCCACUCCUUCUCUUAUACACUCCCGAAAACCAAGCUUUUAUCUAUCAACAAUGCCCAACUUCCAGAUCCCCAAGGUCCAGAAGGUCGCCAUCGUCCAGAAGACUGGCGGCUCCAUCGAGAUCAAGAACGACUUUCCCGUAAAGCAGCAGAACGAGCUUGCUCCCGGUGAAUGUCUUAUCAAAAUUGAGGCUUCAGGGUGUUGCCACACCGACUUGCACGCCGCUAUCGACCCCCUCAUCGGUGGACACGAAGGUGUCGGCAUUGUUGUAGCUAUCGGAAACAACACCACCGCGUCGCCUGUUCAGCUGGGUGAACGCGUUGGAAUAAAGUGGCUCGCUGACUCUUGCUUGAACUGCGAGGACUGCCGCAAAGGCCGCGAACAGAACUGCUCUCAGGCCAAGUUGAGCGGUUAUACCGUCGACGGUACCUUCGCCGAAUACGUAGUUUCCUACGUCAACCAUGUGACCCCCAUCCCAGAAGGUUUUCCCUCCGAUGCUGCUGCUUCCAUUCUCUGCGCUGGUGUCACCGUCUACCGUGCCAUCAAGUACAGUCAAACAAGUGCUGGAGACUGGAUCGUCCUUCCUGGUGCUGGAGGAGGUCUCGGACAUCUUGCCGUCCAAUAUGCUCGUGCUCGUGGUCUCCGCGUCAUUGCUAUCGAUAGCGGUGCCGAGAAGAAGAAGUUAUGCUUGAGCCUCGGUGCUGAGGUGUGGAUCGACUUCAAGGAAUCCAAGAACAUCGUCGACGAUGUCAAGGCCGCCACCGGUGGGUUCGGUGCUCACUCCGCUGUUGUCACUGCUGCCCACAGCUCCGGCUAUACCCAGGCCCUCGACUAUCUCCGUCCCGGUGCUACUCUCAUGGCAGUCGGUCUACCCGGAACAUCCACCUUGAACGCGUCGAUCUUCUUCACCGUCUUCAAGAGCAUCAGUAUCCUUGGAUCCUACGUUGGAAAUCGUCAAGAUGCCCGGGAGGCCCUCGACCUUGCGGCUCGCGGCCAGGUGAAGGUUCACUUCGUCACUAAGGACCUCAAGGAGCUCCAGAAUGUCUAUGAUGGAAUGGCUGCCGGAAAGGUUGCGGGUCGUGUUGUUUUCGACCUCAAGAAGUAAAGGAUCAGAUGAGAAGACAAUAAGCUAAUGUAAAAUUAUCAUUUAGUAUUUAUUCUACAUUUCGGAG